CCCAUGGACAUGGUGUAUUUAAACCCGUGUGUUGCACGUGUGUGCUCUUCUCGAAUGUUUUUUUGUUGUCCACCGGUCUGCUACCCCUUCGUACACCAUGGUCAUCACCUGCCUCGUCAAUCGCGGCCCAUCCAGCUUUGUUCUGAAGCUGACGGGCGACACGUUGGUCGAUUUGAGGGAGGCAAUGGAGGCCCAUUCGUCGCUUCGAACGGUGGAGGAAUGUGCAGUUGUGCAGGUACACAACAAGACAUUUGACACGUAUGUCAAUGUAGACGAAAAUACACUCUUAGAAGAGAAUGCCAUUAUAAGAGUGAUGGAUGUGACGAUAAUUACUGAGGCUGGCACAUCUGCAAGUGUGACAGACCCGGAUGUGUCAUUCACAGGGGUAGAAAUUGUAGAUUUCUCCCCCUUUUCUGAAAAUUUGAAAUUUAAGUUUCCUGAAACACCAGUUGACAUCAGGGCACAAUUGGCCGACACAAGGGUUCGGGAGGUUCCCAACCUCAGAAGAAGAGUCGUAGAUUGGCUCGGGUACGCACUCUCAAGCCACACACUGUAA